AUGGAUGAUUUGCAAUAUGUAUUGAUCAUUAAAAGAAAUGAAGAAUUACAAAAUGAAAUUAAAAGUUUAAUACAAAAUUUAAUUGAUACUUCAAAUGGGAAGUUAUCAUUUCAAGAGAAAUCUAUAACGUAUCAAUCAAUUACCAAUAAAUUAGUUGAAAUAAUAAAUCAGUUCGAAUUGCAACCAAAACUUUUAGAACAAAAUUUGACUUAUUAUAUCACAGAAUUAAGUUCAUUGUUUUUGGAAAAUGAAGAAGUUGGAAGUUAUGUUGGAUUAAUAUUUUAUACAUUUGCCAAAAUUUGUUCAUUUAAAACAUUAUCAUUAUAUUUUUCAAGUGAUGUUUAUUUGAUUGAAGUUCUACUACAAAAAUGUGAAACCACCAAGAAUGAGUUUGUAAAAUUUACGUGUUUACUUUGGUUAUGUAAUUUGGUGCUUGUUCCAUUCCCAAUCGCUAGUAUUAGUGAUACUUUAUCUUCAAGACUAAGAACAGUUGGGGAAUUAAAUUUGUAUCAGUAUACUAAUGGAUCUAAAAUUCAAAAAAUUGCCCUGAUUUUUUUGUCCAGGUUGCUUACUAGGUCAGAUUGUGAAGAAAUGAUAGCUGAUUAUUUUGGGGGUUUGGAGAAAAAUUGGUCAUUUCAAGAUUCAAAUAAAAGAUUGGGAAACUUGUUAGUAAUUAAUCAAAUUUUAAAGAGAAAGUCAAUUAAGUUAGAGGUGAUAUAUAAAUUCAUUGUUCAUGAUGUACUAGAGUCCAAUUUUUCAAACAUGACUUUAAAUUACUUUAUCAAAAUACUAAGUAAACUUGCAAAUAAUUUUAUUCAACUAAAAAAUUUCACCCAAACAUGUCAAAUCAUUAAUGUACUUCUAAACGAUAUAUUACCAACUGAUGCAAUUCCAUUUGAUAUAAAUUUGAGAUAUUGUAUGGCUAAGUCUGUUUCAUCAAUUGUUGUGCAAUUAUCUUAUGUUGCAGUGAAUUAUCAACACCAAUUAAUUGAGUUUAUUUUGUCAUUACUUUCCCUGAAUGAUCUGAAUCUUUACAACAUUCCCAAAAUUCAAACAACGUUAUUGACUCUAGGAUAUAUUGCAUUACUGAAAAAAUUACCAAUUGAGUUUUAUGACGACUGUUUAAAUUUGGCAACAAGCUUUUUAUUUUUCAAAGUUCAAAAUGGUGUGAUCACUUUAGGUAAUCAAAUUAGAGAUUCCUCUUGCUUUUUAAUAUGGUCGAUUGUUAAGAAUAUGAAAAAUUUUUCAUCCAUACUUGAAAUAGUUUUUAUUGAUCUAUUAAAAGCUUUAGUGUUUGAUGAGGAAUUGAUUUUAAAAAAAUGCAGUAUCGCAGUAUUGCAAGAACUUAUUGGUAGAUUUGGUAAAGAAUUAAUUCACAUUGAUGACCUAGAAGUAAAAGGUGAGUUCAUUAUAAACUUUAUUGAGAAAUUGGGGAUACUACAUUUAAGUCUGAGUAUAUGUUAUCAAUUGAUGGACGAAUUUUACAAUGUCAUAGACCUAAGGUUUUUGAUUGAACCAUUAGUAGAUAUAAUAUGUGAACAAGAUGGAGAUGGUGUUUAUUUGAAUAAAUUAUUGAUACAGCCACCACAAGUAGCAUUAACUUCCAGAGAAUCAUCAAUUAGUUUUGAUUCAAUAAAGUACAAAUUGGAGCGUUCGAAUAGAUGGCACAUCUUGUUUCAACUAGAUAUGUAUUCCAAUACUGCUGAUGAAAUUUUUGCCAAUUUUCAAUACGACGAAUCUAAACAAGACAUGAUCAAAGGUUAUCUAACCUACUUGAAGAUUCAACAAUUGAAUGAAUCACAAUGGCAUAAUUUAUUAAAAAUUAUAAAAUUUCACGAUUAUACAGAAGAGUUUAGGUCAAUAAUUUCAAACCAAAAGCAAAUACCCAUAAGUGAAGUUUUAUACCACCUCCAAAAUAAUGAAGUAUUAUCAAAAACUUUAUUCGACUACAAGCACUUUGAUAAACCUCAGUAUGAUGAGAUCAUUCUGAUGCUUAAAAACCCAAAAUUUAAUGCGUCUAUUAGGGCUAAUUUGAUUGAAAACCUAAGUUUUAAUUUACCUCCAUUUUUUGAUAUAAGAUCGUUAUACGAUUUAUUUGAUGAUUAUACUAUUACAGAUCAAGGUGAUGUUGGCUCCAAAAUUAGAAUCAAUAUGGUCAAGUUAGUGCAAAGAAAUAAUAUAAUGGAUUAUACGAUACGAUUGAAGUUGACCCGACUAAGUGGUGAGAUUAUGGACAGGUUGAGAAACCUUGCAUUUAAAAGGUUGACUAAUGAAUCAUUUAGCUGGUCUAAUUUAUUUGCGUAUUAUGGCACAAUAACUGAUACGCAAAUGAAAAUUGAAUUUUGGAAGGGUAUAGUUUUCACAUGUGGAUCAUUAGUUGGUAAUUUGCAGAUAAUAAAUGAAUCAUUUGAUGAGCUUAUAAAAUAUAAACCAACAACUGAAGAGUUCGAUAUUUUGUUAUCAUUUUUGAAACCAAUCCAGCCAAAAAUCACAUCAAGUAGGGAUCAAAAAUUAGUACUUGUUACAUUACAAUUAAUUUUGAAAUUAUUUGAUUCAAAUUAUAAUUUCAGUGGAGAGAUGAAUUAUAAUGAAUUGUUUAAAAAAUGCUAUAACUUACACAUAAACACAAAGAACUUGAAUCGUAUCAAAAUACUUUUGCAAAUUUUUAGUAGAAUAGUUGAAAAUCAUCCUAAUUUGCGAAAUAAAAUAUUUAGUAGGUAUUUGUGGAUUUUGCGAUGUCACAAGAUGCAAGAAAUUAAAGUGUUUGUUGGAGAGGUUAUUUUGUUUGACAUUAUUGUUUCCUUGAAUGAUUCAGAGGCAUUUGAAAGGUAUGAAGCUAUAGAUUGGUUUGAUAUUAAUAAGUCUGAUAUAGCAUUUAUAGAAAGUAUAUUAAAAGUAUAG